UACAUCUUGGUAGUCGAAGAACUUUGGAUUGUGUGGUUUAAGCCUGUAGUAACUUUGUUUGAGCUCGAAAAGUAAUUGUAAACACUAAACGCAGCAUGUUUACGUACAUUGACGGUCGGCGAUGAUGGAUGAGCAUAUAUUAUUACAUCCAGAGUUACUGGACGAAGAUGAGCUCUAUCGGAUACUUAAGGAUAGGGGAGUGCGGAUGGACUACGGAAUAUCAAAGCGUAAGCUUCUUGAUGUUUUUCAUAGACUGUGUGUUCCUCUGCCACAGAGGCAAUACAAACUUUCUCGAAGAGGGAAGGAAUUAACAAAAAUGCGUGAAAAGCAAGAACAGGAAAAGGCAAAGCAAAGCACAUCUGUUACAAACAAUAGCCCAUCAUCAUCAUCAGCAUCAGCAUCAUCCUUGUCAUUAUUGUCGUCAUCAUCAACAAUGCCAUAUUCAAAUCGUCAGAAACAGCACUCUGACCAUACAGGAAAGGAUCGUUUAAAACCACCUCCAGAUCUUACUCAGAGUAAAAAGAUCAAGUUGAACACCAGCACCUCCACAUCUGGAAGCAGUAAAGCAAGUAAUGGAGGUGAUAAUUUCCUUGACAAAAUAAUCAUUAAAAGUAAAUCAACUGACAAGAAAGCUGAUGUAAAAGUAGAGAAGAGCCAAAAUGAAGAACAAAAUGCAAAGAAGGAUGUUUGUUCAGAACCUACUAAAGCAAAAAAGAUAACACUGAAGAGACCUGUUAUUGAAAUGGAAGAGGAGCGAAACACAGACGCGGUGUCAGAGGGAACAAAGACAAAAAAGGUCAGGCAGAAGAUUAGUUGGCCGUAAAAAUAGGAAAAGAAGCUAUUUUUAUCAUCAGUGCCUACCAUACUUCUCCCCGAAGAGUCUGAUAAGGCUAUAAUGUUAUGAAGAUAGAGUAUUCAGGAAAGCAUGUAUGCUUCAUAUACAUAAUUAAAUACAUACAGUUACAUGUGUGGGGUCCGUUUUGUGUACUUUGUGCUUGUGCAGUGUAAGCAUAUAAUGUGAAAAAAGUCCUGUCAUGCAGCUAACUAACCAUUUGUACAAAGAAUAACAUGGAGCAGUGAUUAAUGAACUGGAACUGUUGGAUAUUCUAUUAUCUAUAAGAACUGGAGCAGAUUGUCAGUUGUUCUUGGUGGUGUACUGUACGUGAUGACAAUGCACUCAAGUUCAAAACUGAAGAUUCUCUUUUUAUAAACUCUUUAAAUUGCUAAAGUUUUAUGGGGAGUUUGCAGUCUCAAAUGGUACUCCAGAUUCUUGCACUUCAGUACCCACAGUCUUAAUGUUUAUUACCUUAAUAUGUAGCUUUCCAGGCAUCUUAUGUACAGGUCACUGAAGAAGUAUUUUAAGUAUAACAGCAUUCAGUCUGCCAGCUCAGGUUUCUCAGAAUGAUUUUUAUUUCUUAUACAUGUUUAUGGGGACACUGUGUUCAUACGUAUGAUUCAAAGUGACAUUUGCAGCCCAUUUCUAACAUGAUCAUUUACACUAUUACAUGUUGAGACAUCCUCUUCUUGUAAAUUUUCAUUAUUUUUUAAUGGUCUUACCCUACUGUCAUAGACAGUGUCAUUUACCUGCCAAAAGCCAGAAGUGCUGGUACUAAUUGGUAGCUGUUCUCAUAGGGACAUCCUAGUCUUCUCAAGUAAGUAAGGUGCUUAAGCAAAUGGUUUGUAAGCAGUAUAUUGCUUCAUUUGUCCAAAUAGAGCUACUUUGGUAUCAUAUUUCAUUUACGUAAUAUGAUGACUGAGAUUUUUGAUGUA